CGAGGACUCGCUGGAGCGGGCAGGUGGAGGGAGGAGUGGUCCCGGGAGGGAGUAACUGCCUGGAGUUGGUGCGCCGCAGGUCCGGGGGCGCCCGCGUUCCCGAGCCUCGGAGGCCUGAACGCGUUCGGAACGUUGCUUUUUUUUGUGCGGGGGCGUGACCUGAGCCCGCCUCCUCGGCUGGGAGUGGAGGAGAAUGGGGAUCGCUGAGGCCUUUAAUUAAUUUGGUGCCUGUUGUUUGUUUGCCCGAGAGCGGCCCAUAUGGACACUUAACACGCGCUCACCACCUCCACUUCCACUCCCACCUCCCUCCCCAUAUAGGAGAUGACACAUGGGGUCUCAGCACUCCUCUGCCCUCACUUUUUGUCAGCGAAAGAAGGAUGACAACCCGGAGGACGUGCUGGCUGAUAGAGAUCAGGAGGAAGCCAUCGCUCAGUUUCCCUAUGUGGAGUUCACUGGGAGAAAUAGCAUCACCUGUCACACCUGCCAGGGAGCAGGCUACAUCCCAGCAGAGCAAGUCAAUGAGUUGGUGGCUUUGAUCCCCCACAGUGACCAGAGGUUGCGUCCUCAGAGAACGAAACAGUAUGUCCUCCUGUCGGUCCUGCUGUGUCUCCUGGCAUCUGGCCUGGUGUUCUUCUUUCUGUUUCCUCACUCGGUCCUCGUGGACGAUAAUGGCAUCAAAGUGACAAAAGUCACGUUUAACAAACAGGACUCCCUUGUGGUCCUCGAUGUCACGACCACCCUGAAGAUCAGGAACUCCAACUUCUAUCCUGUGGCGGUCACCAACCUGUUCAGCCAGAUUCAGUACAUGAAGGCUGUGGUUGGCUCGUACACAACCACAAACGUCUCCCUCAUUGCCCCUCGGAGUGAGCACCUGGUGAAUUUUACCAUGAAGGCUGAGGUGGGAGGACCGUCUUCCUAUGUGUACUUCUACUGCACACUCCCUGCCAUCUGGGUACACAACAUUGUGAUCUUCAUGAGGACUUCUGUGAAGAUUUCAUACAUCGGCCACAUAUCCCAGAGCACCUUGGAGACACAGCACUAUGUGGAUUGUGGGGGGAAUUCCACAGCUGCUCAGAGCCUGUUCUUGGUUCCUCGGGGGCCACACCUAUAGAAGGAAGCCUAACAUCUGUCCCUAUGGCUGGCCCACUUACCAUAUGGUGUAAGUGGAGGAGGAAGAAGAAACGACUCUCAACCCUCGGAAAGCAUCCUCCCGCACUUAGGGGGAAGCUGCCCUUCCAAGGAAACCACUGUCCAGUGCCUAGUGAAUAGUUAGCACUCAACUACAGGUUGAAGAAUUGGAUUCAGAUAUUUUGGCUGCUCUCGAGUCGUUAUAAUUUGAGAUUAACCAGGGUUCUAGGUUUUCAGACCAGAGUAACAUGAAGGUAGGAUGCUAGUGCAGUUGCAGACGUAUGGAUGUGGUUUCCAGGACACUGGUGAGCCCUCAGUGGCUGCCUCUGCGUCUGUUCCCUAAUACUGCCCCCUCCCGCCCCCCACCCCCGGCCUUUUGGAAAGGUUUUGGUAUUUCUUUUCCUUCCCCAUACAAAGUGAUUACAGUUUUCCCCCAAGGGUCUAUUCGAAGGGCUUGACGGCCCUUUGAUCCACUGGCUAGAUACGGAUUGGAAAUUUGAUAGAAAAAUAAACCCCGCUUUUGAUUGAUCUGCACUGUC